CAUAAGUGUUUCAACAUUUUUACAUUGCAAACAAUUUAAUUCUACAAUCAUGAGUGGACGAGGAAAAGGAGGUAAAGCCAAGGGAAUCAAAUCCAAGACCAGGUCUUCACGUGCCGGACUUCAAUUCCCCGUCGGUCGUAUUCACCGUUUGUUGAGGAAAGGCAACUACGCCGAACGUGUCGGUGCCGGUGCUCCUGUAUAUCUGGCCGCCGUAAUGGAAUAUUUGGCCGCUGAAGUUUUGGAGUUGGCCGGAAACGCUGCCCGUGAUAACAAGAAGACCCGUAUCAUUCCAAGACAUUUGCAAUUGGCCAUUAGGAACGACGAAGAGCUGAACAAAUUGUUGGCUGGUGUCACAAUCACCCAAGGAGGUGUGUUGCCUAAUAUCCAAGCCGUUCUUUUGCCCAAGAAAACCGAAAAGAAAGUUUAAUAUAUAUAUAUCUUAUCACCUAAUUAAAACGGCCCUUUUCAGGGCCACCACACUAGAGAUUGAAAGAUUAGUUUAUUUCUGUGAAUAGUUCAAAUAAACUAUAUUUAAGGUGUACGUAGUUCACUAAUUUUAAUGAUCAUACUGAUUAUUGUUUGGCAAUGAGUAUUGUAAUA